AAACAAUAAACGAAUAUAAACAAUAAAAUGGCUAGCGAAGACAUAUUUCAGACUGAAUACUCCGAAGAGCCGGAGUUGGAGGUUGAACAAAGAAUGGAGACAGAACCACUGGAUGCAGCCGAAGCAGAAGAUGAAACAGAGGAUGUGAAUCCAACAGAAGAGACGACGCCUCCAGAAAACGCUGCCGCAGAAAAGCCUGUUGCCACCAAGUCAGCUGCCGAUCACGAGCCUGAGGCAAAGCUAACCCAGUUGCCUUUGGGACGCGUGCGGAACAUAAUGAAGCUGGAUCCCGAUAUGCAUGUGGCCACGCAUGAAGCGGUUUUUGCAGUGACCAAAGCGGUGGAAUUGUUCAUUGCCUCGUUGGCCCGGGAGUCCUACACCUACACUGCACAGUCCAAAAAGAAAACAGUUCAAAAGAGAGACGUAGAACUGGCCAUUUCGGCGGUAGACAGCCUGAUGUUUCUCGAUGGCGCCAUGAACUUUUAAGUGAACUGUGAUAAACCCUUGGACUUGGGCAGCAGUGAACCCCAAUAACGUUAUUAAACUUAAUCUCAAAGAUGUGAAAUAAAUUUUGUAUUCUUUUAA